GACGCGCAAUGUCAACAGCCGCUGCCCCGCAGGAGUCUCAUGUGCAGCUAACGUCGGGCUAGCGCCUCGCCUGCUCAGUGCCGUCUAUGAAUCCUGGAGGCUGUUUUAAUGAAAACCACCCCAGCCAAAAGUGACAGUGAAAAGCCAUUAACCACCCGCCGUCGCCCAGCCGUCCAGAUCCACCACUAUCACAACCAGUACCCCCACCAGUACCACCACCCAGCCUUCUGCUUAGCACUUAUUACAACCCCUUAAUAACCACCUGCCCUAUGGACCGCAGAGUCUCUGCUCUAUCCACCAAACGCUGCCAUGGGACACAUGAUGAAUGACAAGCUGGUCUUCCUGGGCCUGCUGUACUUUGUUCAGGGCAUCCCCUAUGGGCUCCAAUCGUCUCUGCUCCCGGUCUACCUGCGGGGAGCCGGCCACUCCCUGACCCGCAUCGGCUUCACCAAGAUCCUCUACUUCCCCUGGGUGCUGAAGGUCCUCUGGGCGCCCCUGAUAGACCGCAUCGGCUCCAAGCGGCGCUGGCUGGUCGGCACGGUCUCCGGGCUGGCGCUGACCUGCGUCUCCAGCGCCCUGCUGGCCCCGGAGUCCCACAUCUGGGCGGUGGCGGGGACGCUGCUGGUCAUGAACGCCCUGGCGUCGGUGCAGGACAUCGCGGUGGACGGGGCGGCGGUGGGCCUCCUGAAGAGCCGCGGCGAGCUGGGGCUGGGGAACACGGCCCAGGUGGUGGGCUACAAGGCCGGCUCGGUGUUCGCCGGCGGCGGACUGCUGGCCGUGAUCGACGUGGCCGGCUGGAGCUGGAUGUUCCUGCUGCUGACGUUCGUGUACGCCGGUGUGGCCCUGUUUGUGUGGGGCGCGCCCGUGCUGGACGAGGACUCGCUGAGGUGCCAGCAGCAGACUGACGGGGGCCGGAGAGGUGGGAGCCAGGGGGCAGACAUCGUCAGGCCCUGGAGGGUGUGGAGGAAGAUGCUGGCAGUGCCCGGCACCCCCUGGACGGUGUUGUAUGUGCUGACGUAUAAACUAGGUGCGUUGUUCAACCGCAGUACCUCCGUGAGGGCUUGUGCCUUUAUCCAACACCGGCGAGCAGGGGGCCGUCACCAUGUUCCCUCUGUUCCUGCUGGACCACCACAUGACGGCCAGGGAGCUGGGCUUCUGGAACGGCGUCAUCGCCAUGGCCUUCUCCAUCUGCGGCUCCUCCCUCGGAGGCGUGCUGCUCGCACAGUGCAGCAUUGGAACUCUGAUGCGGCGGGUGUUUGUGAUGCGGACCGUCAGCAUGGUGUUCCAGAGCUCCCUGCUCACCGUCCUGGACCCCUCCCCGCUCAUGAAAGGCAUGGCGGUGCUCAGCAUGAGCGUUCAACACUUCCUGGGUGGCCUAAUCACCACGCUCACCUUUACCACCAUGAUGCACUGCACCCAGAGAGCUGACGAGAGCGUGCAGGCCACCCACUACAGCUUCCUGGCCACGCUGGAGGUGCUGGGCAAGCUGCUGUUCAGCGCCCUAGCAGGCUGGAUGGUGGACUGGUUGGGCUACCAGGUGGCCUUCCUCUUCUUCCUCACCCUGUCGGCGGGCACGGCGCUGCACGUGUGGACGGCCACCCUCACCGGAGCGCUCCGAGAACAGCCGCUCAAGCAGCCGCUCAAACAGCCGCUCAAACAGCCGCUCAAACAGCCGCAGUGACCGCGCCCAGAGAGAGGAGAGGAGGGGGCUGGAGGGACGGCAGGGGGGCCGCCGGGCGUCCGUCCGUCCGCGGGCCAGCCUGGCGUUCGUGGAUUUGUCCCGGACUCGUCUCCGAAAGUCGGAAUGUAGCACACACGCGUGCGCGUGGUGCAGUAGACGCUUUACUGGAGUGUAACUCGAUUACGAGGGGGAUGUAAAAAAAUAAAUAAAAGCGAAGGUAUUUUGGGAGAAUUUAACGUUUGAUGCUUUGUGUGGGCGGUCUGAGCGAAGGUUUAAGUGACGAGACAUUUUAUUUAAACAUGGUAAGCCAUUGGUAUGGAUGUGUAGUUUAAAGCAAUAUCGCCGCCAGUGAUGGUUGUCCUAUCACAUUGUACUGUGCUGUAUGUCAGUGGGAUGUUUACUUAAUCGUUUCUAAUAAGGUGCUGUCACACCAAUAUUGUACCGGGGGCGAAAAUUGUACCGCCUACGUAAUCUGCGUUCGAAAAUUCCAAACCUGCCUGGCAACAGACGAUCGCGUCGAACGUUGCCUGGCAACGGACGAUCGCGUCGAACGUUGCCUGGCAACGGACGAUCGUGUCGAACGAUGACGUAGGAAGGUUAAUGAACAUUCACGCUCAUUCAUCGAGCGCCACAAGACGUAAUAACAUUAAACAGAUAACACUUAUUUUACAAAUGACAUUUAUUAGCGUUUCUAACUUUAUAUUUGUAUUGUAUUUAAUUGUUUAAUCACAUUUAGCUAGUAAACUGAGUGUAUUAACACAAGCUAGCUAGACUAUGAUACACUUUAAACACUCAGUUUACUAGCCAAAUUCAAUACAAUACAAAUAUAAAGUAAAAAACAAGUGUUAUCUGUAUUAUGUUAUUUCGUCUUUGGCAACAUGAGCGCAAAUGUUUUUUGAAACCUGCCUGGCAACAGACAAUCGUGUCGAACGAUGGGUUAUGUUUCGAACGCGGAUUACGUAGGCGGUACAAUUUUCGCCCCCGGUACAAUUGUGAUGUGACAGCUCUGCUACCUGUUGUACGGAGUUAUGUCGUUAUUAUGCUCAUUUCUGAAACAUGCUUCACCAGCUUCAGUUAUAUCCAAAGAACCAGCAGGAGUCAUAGAUCAGUCAGUUCAUAACAAGCAGGCUGAAAAUGACAUGGAAAAAAAGCAAUUUAGUCGUUUGGCGUUUAUUCCUUAGAUUCCACCCUUCUAUAAGAACGAAAAUAAAUCAUUGUCUGAAUUGCGGUUGCACAGCAUUCGGCCCCGUAGCUAUUUAGCCGGUUGGUUACCAUAGCAACCUUAAGCCUUUCACACUGCAUGGUGCCGUCCAAUCUCAGUUCUUCAAUUGAACAAUCUCCCCAUAAAAAAAAAAAAUCUGCGUGUAACCACUGUUUACUGGUUACCACUGGUUACACACCGGUCACUCUCCUAUUUGAGUCUCAUGACGUAUGUAUGUAAAAACUAGGAUGUAGAAUAAUAAAAUGACCCGCACUAUAACUCUUGUAGUAAAAUACUAAACUGUAAAGUACUGUAAUACACUUCAAAUCAUCAGCACAAGCAACCACUUUAUUCUUUUUAUUAGGUUAGGCAGAGCGAGUGUGUGUGUGUGUGUGUGUGUGUGUGUGUGUGUGUGUGUGUGUGUGUGUGUGUGUGUGUGUGUGAGGGUUUGUGUGUGUGUGUGAGUGACACAACAGAAAUUCUGUAAUAAAAAUUAAGUCUUAUACUAAACAUAAAGGUCUUAAUGCUAAGGGUGUUUUAUCCUUACCUCAUCAUAAAGCCUUGUGAAUUCUGGCGUGAUGCCAGCCCCAGCAGUAAAGAAAAAAGGCAAAAUGAAAACAAGAAGGAGCCAUAGCCGGCUCACAGAUCCCGGCCCAUGUCGACACUACGUUACCGUGGUCUGUGAGGCCAAGCCCACUGUCGUUCAGCUACAUCACAGCACACUGGAUGUAAUGUACAUCUCUGUCAGCAAGGUGGACUGUGAUUUCCCCCCCCCCCCC